ACCUCUUAAAAUUUAAGAAACUAAUUACUUUAAAAUUAACUUAUUUUAAUAAAACACAACUAAAAAUAACAAAAAAUACUAAUUCAUGCUUUAAAAAAAUAUAGUAUUUUAAGAGAGGGCGAGAGGAUGAGAGGACGGGAGAGGCAGAGGCAGCAGGACAGUCAGAGAGGCAGGAUUCGACGGAUGGCACAAAGUCGCGAGUUUGUUGGCUACCGAGGGACUGGAAUUCAACACAAAGAAGGAGGAUCAGGCUUGGCUCGAAGGAUGCUAUGUAGGGAAGACAUUCUCGGUAGAAGCAGUUCCAAACCUGUAGGAGAAAUUUUAUAUGGAAGGAUACUUUCAUGUUCAGUUAGGCCAAUGGGGGGUAAGCUAGUGUUGCUUGAUUGCAAAGAUAAAAAUGAAUUAAGAGACCUUGUGAAGCUGGGAAAGGACUGGUUAAGUCAAUGGUUUGAAGACGUCAGACCCUGGACACCAAACAUGAUUGCUUGCGAACGGUUUGUGUGGUUGAGGUGUCAAGGGGUUCCCCUUCAAGCAUGGGGAGAGGAAUUUUUCACUACCUUAGCGUGCAUUUGGGGAAAGUUUAUAUGCCUUGAUGAUAGCACAAGUGCAAGAAAAAGAUUCAAUAUUGGAAGGUUCCUCAUUUCGACAUCAACAAUGGAUUUUAUCUCAAAGAGUCUGAGUAUAAAGGUCAAUGGCAGACCGGUGAAUGUGAAGAUCACAGAAGAAGAAUCAACAAAUGGCAUAUUUAGAAUGAAAUCUGACUUUAAUCCGUGCUUUGCAUCGGACUUUGAUGGUGGGGAUGAUGAAUCAUGGUCUUUGGAAAGUUCAAAAGGAGAAUACAUGGAAGAUGAACAGUUUGAGCCCAUGCAAUCUAACGAGAUCCCAAGUUCAGGUGUUGAUAAGAAAGAUGAUGAGGUGGCAAAGGCAGAUAGGGUAAAAGAUGAAAUGACGGUGAACCUGGUGCCAGUGGAGGACAUUAGGUGCCAGGACAUCAACGGAAGCCUAGAUAGCAUUAAAGACGGUGUCGAUAUGAGUGCUAGGAACACAAGAACACAGUCUGAAGCAUGGAAGAUUGCGAAGGACAGUGUGGUAGGGGCGCCAAAUUCAAAUUUGAUAUGUUCAAAUGGUGAAAUGGAAUUAAAUAAUGCUGUCAUCGUAGAAAAGGCCCGUGAACCUUUUGGUGAGGUACUUGGGUUGGAUGAAAAUGGGCUUGGUGAAAGAGACAUGGAUUUAGUGGGUAAGGAAAAUGGGCUGGAUGGGAUAGACCUUCAGAGACCCAUUGAAAACCAGCUUAAGGUACCAUCGGAAACCCAAGAUGUGGUUGGAAGGAAUCCUGGUAUUGAGAAAAAGAAAAGAAGGUCAAAAUUAGAGACAGCAAUUCCAGUUUUCAAUGCAAGCAAAGACAAUAGGGUGGCAAGUGAAUCAGUUGGGGAUAAUGGGAUCGCAAACUAUAAUAGAGAUAGAAUGAAGCAGGAGUCAAAUUCAACAUUAGAAAUUUGGAAUUUUGCUAAGAAAAUUAGGGUGGUGGCAAAAGGAAACGAGGAAGAAGUAGUUCAGCAGAUUGAAAGAAUGGAAAGAAGGGACAAAACAGGAAAGGAAACAGCGACAACAAAGGAUACAGCUAAUGGGAAUGCAGGGGAUGGGCUCUUUGGCGUCUUUGGUUUUUGGGGACCAGAAAAUAUCCCAGUGUAUCUUGUCAAUGUAUAUGCACCAUUUAGAAAUUCCCAAGAAUUUACGGGAAGUAAGAGGCAACAAGGCUUGAUAGAUUCCUUGUCUCAGAGGAAUGGCUACUUAAUUUGGGAGACUGUGUUUGAUGCUUGGUUUGAAUCCCCUAAUUUCAAGGAAUGUGUAACUGAAGAAUGGAGGGCAGCAAAGAUUCACAAGAGGAAAGGCUUUAUUUUAAAGGAAAAGCUUAAAAAGCUAAAGGCUUCUUUAAAGGUGAAGAGCAAGAACUUAGUGACAGAAACUGAAAACAAAAUAAAAGUAGCGAAGGAGAAUAUUGAAAAGUUGGACUUAGUAAGGGAGUUUAGACAGUUGACAGAAAGUGAGAAGGACCAGAGGAAGAGUAGCACACUGGAGCUAUGGAACAAUCUCAAGGCAAAAGAGAGUAUUUGGAGACAAAAAGUAAGAAGGCAGUGGAUCAGAGAUGGGGAUGCCAACACUUGUUUUUUUCAUAGAUGUGCCAAAGGAAGGUGGAGAAGAAAUGAGAUUAACAACCUAAUGGUGGAUCGGAGACAGCUUGUGGAAGUUAAUAAGAUCAAGGAAGGAGUUGCUACAUACUUUGAGAAGAUGUUUAUGGAGGAGGAAUGGGUAAGACCCACAUUGGAAGGCCUGAGAUUUAGUCGAUUAUCAACAGCACAAAAUGAGUUUUUGAUAUCAGAAUUUGAGGAAAAGGAAGUUCAAAAGGCAAUUUGGGAGUGUGAUGGUACUAAGGCACCAAGUCCAGAUGGCUUCAACUUUAACUUUAUAAAGAGCAUGUGGGAGGUACUAAAGGAAGACAUCAUGGCAUUUGUCCAAGAAUUUCAUAACUCUGGUAGGAUGAAUAGAGGACUCAAUAGUUCUUUUAUGGUGCUUAUUCCAAAGUUGGAGAACCCCCAGAGAAUUGAGGAAUUCAGACCAAUUUCAUUAAUUCAUUCAAUGUACAAGAUUAUUGCCAAGCUAUUGGCAAAUAGAUUAAGGCAAGUCAUGGAUCAUCUAAUUAGAGAACAACAAAUGGCCUUUUUAAGUGAUAGACAGCUAUGUGAAGUAGUGGUGAUCGCCAAUGAGGUGUUGGAUGAGGCAAAGAGAAAAAAGACAAGGUCUUUUGCAUUUAAAGUAGACUUUGAAAAGGCAUAUGACAAGGGCCUUGAACCAUUAUGCAAUAUCGCAGGAAGUGGAGGAGGAGGUGCUGGCUGGAGGAUAGUAUGCAUUCCGUGCAUUUGGUGCAUUUGGCUGGCUAGGAAUGAAAGAAUAUUUAAAGGCAGCCUUGUUGAAACAAAUAGAUUAUUUGAAUUGGUGCAAAUGAGAUCUUACCAUUGGCUCAAAGGGAAAUUGGAGGGUAGCUAUUUCAAUUAUAACGAAUGGUCUGCUGAUCCGUUGCUAUGCAUGAAAUCAAUGAAGAAGAAAAAGAUUAUGAUGCGGAAACAAUGAUGUGGGACGGUGGGUGGCCAUAGCGUCUAGUUCUUUGAGACUUAUUGUUGGUUGUCUAUUUUCCUUAUAAUGGCCAAUUUCAGUUGACUAUAAAUCCCAUUGUUAGUUGUAUGGGUUGAGUACCCCUUGUACUCAUUAUCAAUAAUAUUGCUGUUCAAAA